AGGAGAUAUCAGGGUGGUGGAAGAUCAGGAGGGAGGGAAUCAAUCAUGGCACCAGUCGGAUUGCCUCCUGGUUUUAGGUUCCAUCCCACUGAUGAAGAGCUUGUGAAUUAUUAUCUCAAGAGGAAAAUUCAUGGCCAAGAAAUUGAACUUGAUAUCAUUCCUGAAGUUGAUCUUUACAAAUGUGAGCCUUGGGAAUUAGCAGAGAAAUCAUUCUUGCCCAGUAGAGAUCCAGAGUGGUACUUUUUUGGACCAAGGGACAGAAAGUACCCAAAUGGAUUUAGAACUAAUAGAGCAACCAGAGCCGGAUAUUGGAAGUCCACAGGGAAAGAUCGGAAGGUGUCGAGUCAAAAUCGACCAAUUGGGAUGAAGAAGACAUUGGUUUACUAUAGAGGCCGAGCUCCUCAGGGAAUCAGAACCGAUUGGGUAAUGCAUGAAUAUCGCCUCGAUGACAAGGAAUGCGAGGAAACUUCUGGCAUUCAGGUAGACUCAUAUGCAUUAUGCCGCGUGUUCAAGAAAAAUGGAGUGUGCACUGAAAUAGAAGAACAACAAGGGCAAUCUAGCCUGUCGUUACUGGAUUACUCUCAAGGGGUUGUGAAUGAUUACGAAACGAUGUCGCCCGACGUUCCAUUGGCAUCAUCAACCUCAUGCAUGGAAGAAGAAGAUAAAGAAGAUAAAGAUGAUUCAUGGAUGCAGUUUAUUACAGAUGAUGCGUGGUGUUCGUCCACCGCUCCUUUUGUUGGUCAGGAAGAAGUGUCUCAAGUAGCUUUUACAAACUAAUAGGGAUUGGGAGGCCAUACAAAUUAAUGACAUAAAUUCAAGUCCUAAGUCUCAUAAUUCUCAUAAGAAUAAUACCACAUUAUUGAUUUGAAGAAGAUUUUGAAAUCUCUUCAUCAUCAGUUUUAUU